AUGGCGGAAGCAGCGGCGCAGGCAGCCAUCGCUGCCGCCCUCGAGCCGACGGGCGCCAUCAUGACAGCGAUCACUGCCGAGAUCACGAAGGCGUUCAAUCAAGGGGAGGUCGGCGAUCUCGCCAUCACAGCCGGCGCCGCUGCUGCUGCCAACGCGCACUCGGUGCCCGCUGUGGUUACGGCUCUCAAGGACCCGGCUUCUGAACUGAGCAAAGCUGUGCAGGCCGAGUGCGAGCGGCGGGCGGACGCGGCCUUUCCGUACAGGGCCCGUCUGCGCCAGCUUUCGGUCGCCGAGUGGGAAGCUGCUUGGCGCGACCUCGUGGUGGAUGCGGACCACCUCGCGUCCACCUUGAAAGCUGCCGAGCAGAAUCCCGCGCUUGCUAACAUCUGGGCGCUGUCCGCCGCCAACCCAGGCAACGCCGAGUUGGCCGAGCUCAAGCGGGCUUCCACGGUGCGCUAUGCCGCCAAGUUGCGGUGGAAAAGCUUGUGUUUCCCGGAGCAAGGCGGCUCUUGGGACCGGUUGAAGAACUACCUUACGGAGAAAGCGGAUGCUCCGAUCGACAAUGUGAAGGCGCUCGCCCGGUCGCUCCUUGUCCUCCUCAACUUGACGGAGCGCCGCUGCACAGUCGCGCAGUCGGCCAAGCGCACGGGCCCAGAGAAAGCGGCUUCUCAAAAGACCGCUCUUCUCCCAUUGAUGUACCAUACGAUCAAGCAGUGCAAGAAGCGCACCACGAAGGCCAGCGCAUCAGUGUCCCUGGAGCACGAGAUCCUGCUGCGCGAUUUCGCCCAGGACCUCAUCUCGGGCGAGGCGGCGCUCGUGACUAGCCUGGCUACCAAAAGGUCCUUCGACAUCUCGGAGCUGUCGUCCGGCCAGGGGCUGUUCGAGGAAGAGGGCCAGCCAGCGGCGAAAGCCCAGCGUUCCUCAGGCAAAGGCAUCGUGAAGCACACCCUGAGGAAGUGCCGCGAGCUCAAGAACCCGUGCCUCCUCCCGUGCACCAAGUGCACGGGCGCGGGAAGGACCACCAACGUCGUGCAUUGGAUGGCAGAUUGCAAGUGCUAG